AUGCCAUUCGCAAACGCGAAACGAUCGCUUCGACAUUCUCCCACCUCUAGCCUCUCGUGGUCCGAAACAGUCGUCACAACUUACCCGACACCGUUGGCAUCACAACUUCACCAUGUUCUACAUAAUCCUGUCGGCGUGCCCCCACUACUACACUCGAGUGGUGUCGGCGUUGACGCAUUGGAAGCAAUGGCAAUGCGCUGUCUCUUGGAUCAUCUGGAGCUGCUGGAGAGAGAAAGCUUAGAGCAAGUGCCUGAGAUAUUGCUACACAAGAUCUGGAGGCUUGUUGAGAGCAGUAACCUUGUCACUCUCCAUGUCUGGCAGAUCUUUACAAAAGCCUGUCCAGUUGACCUAUCAAGGUCUACCCGCAAAACAAUCACACAUCACCACAUUCCUCUUUCCCUUCUUUCUCCUCAUAUCUCUGCUUCCCCUCUCCAUUACCUUAUCUCUCUGACUCUCAUUUCAUCCAUCUCCGACACCAAUGCCUCUCUGUCUUGCCUCUCUACCCUACCUAAUUUGAUGUCUCUGCACAUCAACGGCGAUUCCUCUUCCACCGAAAACAGCUCCAUGAUUUCCGACGACACCAUACGCCUCUGGAAUAAGAAGGCGAAGCUUGACAAGGAAGUGUUCCCGUGUCUGAGAUAUCUGUUUUUGAGGUUUCAGUUUGGCGUCACAGAAAGAGCAUUGGCAGAAUUGGAGUAUUUUCCGCGCUUGGAAAUGGUGGUUACAAGUCGAUGUGGUGUUAAGAUCAGAGAAGCGAAGAAGAUUGUUAGGGAAAAGGGGUGGAAAAUAACAAAAAACGCCUUCUUCGCCCACGCCGACACAACCCUCGAAUCCUCGCCACGAGGACGAAAUUACCUCGACGUUAUGAACAGCUUCAUCGCUUCCUCCGUCUCCUCAACACCAUUGUCUCUUAUACAAAUCGGACGUCAAGCGCCUACUCUAUCCACAAAUGUUUUGCUCACCACUCAAGAAAUAGAAUGUUGGGUCAAAGACUCGGAGCCGAGCGAAGCAGUAAAGAUAGAGGAGCUAAGGAAGAGGCAACAGGCGAGGGAUGUGGAGGAAGCAAAGCAAGAGAAUGGCAAGAAGAGACGGAGGAUUAAGGAAGCGAAGAAGAGGGAUUUGUUGGCUCUGCUGGAGGGGAUGUGA